UUCUCAGCCAUUAUGAACACUUGUUCCAACAUGCCAGACAUGGAGGCGGAGACCCUUGUUCUGCUGCUAUCCGUGUUAGAUAUUGAAGGAUCGCACAAAGGAAAAUUACGGGAGGACGCCUACAUGACGGACGAAAAAGUUGCAUUUCACAUUCAGGCAGAAAACUUAAAGGCGUUCUUGGCCGAACUUCAGGCCUGUCAAAAUUGCAGAUUUCUCUAAGUUAGCCUUGAUGAAGGAUUUCCAACAGACACUGCGACCCUCCACAGUUUUCAUUCCACGACAAUGCACCGUGCUCACAUUACUACUAUCAAGAUUGUCUUUUAAUUCUCGUGGAAACUUAUACCAGUUUCACCCCCCGCAGUACUGCCUUCAGCCUCUCCCUAUCGCAAACGUCCUCUCGUUACUUCCAUCGGACUUGCGAUUACAUUUCCAGGACAAAUCUACGGAGUUCUCAGCCCUAACGCCUUCACGGAACUACCGUUCCAAUCCAACUUGCUCCACGUUCUCAGGUUCAUUAUCUGACCAUUGGUCUAGAUCACCUACACAAGUUGUACGACACGCGUAUACUCCGCCCGCAAGAAUCGACCCUACCAAUCUGAAGAUUACUGAAAAUGUUUCGGACUUUGAUGAUCAAGGCCCUUGCAUCUCGAAUAGGUUGGCAGACCUGUCCGGGUUGCUGUACUAUCAUAGAACUCGAGGCCACACGUCAUCAUACGACCUGCCGAUGCCCAACGCAGUUUUGUUACUUGUGUGCGGCACGGUGGAAUGCAUUAAUGGGAUUAGCGACGUUUGUUAGAUGACACUGAAAGACGUGUAUAUAACGAAUUCGGUGCUCAUGCGCUCAGGAGGCAGCUGCGUGCCCUGCGAUUCCUGCGGAUCGCAAUCAUCAGGGGAUAUCGGCAUAGUUGGGGGAAAACCAUGAGUGCCAUAGAGCACGAAUUGGAGCUGGAGUUCAGAGGUUGCAUUUGAUGGUAAGAUCGACACUUUUGCACGAAAUGUACAUCUCGGUCUGGCCAUAUUUAGCGCGGCUUAAGGCUCCUACCUUGUGUAUCAA